CGCCGGUGGAGAACUUCUCGAAGGAACCGCAAAGAUGAUGCCCACACCGAUUAUCCUGUUGAAGGAUGGGACAGACACGUCUCAGGGCAUUCCCCAGCUCAUCAGCAACAUCAAUGCCUGCCAGGUGAUUUCUGAGGCUGUCAGGACCACCCUGGGUCCCAGAGGAAUGGACAAACUCAUGGUGGACGGCAGAGGUAAGGCCACAAUCUCCAAUGAUGGAGCGACCAUCCUGAAGCUGCUGGAUGUUGUUCACCCUGCAGCCAAGACCCUGGUGGACAUUGCUCGCUCCCAGGAUGCUGAGGUCGGAGAUGGCACCACCUCUGUCACACUCCUGGCAGCAGAGUUCCUGAAACAGUUGAAGGCAUAUGUGGAAGAGGGGCUUCACCCUCAGACCAUCAUCCGGGCGUUCCGCACCGCCACUGGGCUGGCUGUCAAGAAGAUCAAGGAGAUUUCUGUCACUGUCAAAAAAGAUGACAAACAAGAGCAGAGGCAGCUGUUGGAGAGGUGUGCAGCCACAGCGAUGAACUCCAAGUUGAUUGCAGGUCAGAAGGACUUCUUCUCCAAGAUGGUGGUGGACGCGGUCAUGUCUCUGGAUGAGCUGCUGCCUCUCAAAAUGAUCGGCAUUAAGAAGGUCCAGGGCGGAGCGCUGGAGGAAUCCCACUUGGUGGCUGGGGUUGCGUUCAAGAAGACCUUCUCCUACGCCGGGUUUGAGAUGCAGCCGAAACGCUAUGAGAACCCGAAGAUUGCUCUGCUCAAUGUGGAGCUGGAGCUGAAGGCUGAGAAGGACAAUGCUGAAGUCCGCGUCAACAAUGUCGAGGACUACCAGGCCAUCGUGGAUGCUGAGUGGAACAUUCUGUAUGACAAGCUGGAGAAGAUCCACCAGUCGGGAGCCAAGGUGGUUCUGUCCAAGCUGCCUAUUGGUGACGUGGCCACACAAUACUUCGCUGACAGAGACCUGUUCUGUGCCGGCAGGGUCCAGGACGAGGACCUUAAGAGGACCAUGAUGGCCUGCGGGGGCUCCAUCCAGACUUCAGUAGGGGCCAUGACAGACAACGUCCUGGGACAAUGCGACCUCUUUGAGGAGGUCCAGGUCGGAGGAGAGAGGUAUAACUUCUUUAAAGGUUGCCCCAAGGCCAAAACGUGCACUAUCAUCCUGAGGGGCGGAGCAGAACAGUUCAUGGAGGAGACAGAACGCUCGCUGCACGAUGCCAUCAUGAUUGUACGCAGGGCCAUCAAGAACGACUCCGUGGUGGCGGGUGGAGGUGCCAUCGAAAUGGAGCUGUCCAAGUACCUGAGGGAUUACUCCAGAACGAUCCCCGGCAAACAGCAGCUGCUGAUCGGCGCGUAUGCUAAGGCCCUGGAGAUCAUCCCUAGACAGUUGUGUGACAACGCUGGCUUCGACGCCACCAACAUCCUCAACAAGCUGCGGGCCAAGCAUGCGCAGGGCGGUAUGUGGUAUGGCGUGGACGUUAACAACGAAGAUAUCGCCGACAACUUCGUCGCCUGCGUCUGGGAGCCAUCCGUCGUGCGCAUCAAUGCCCUCACAGCGGCCUCGGAGGCAGCCUGCCUCAUCCUGUCUGUUGACGAGACGAUCAAGAACCCACGCAGUAGCAUGGAUGCACCACCGGGCGGCGCCGGCAGGGGCCGCGGGAGACCCCACGCUCACUAGAGAGGGAGGCGGGAAAGCAGGGCCUCAUUGAUAACCUGACAUUGAAUCCCGUAGAUGCACGUAGAGUAUUCUGCCUAGGUAAGGCUCCAAGCCAUGUUAGAAAAAAGACAGUGGAAAAAAAAUUGUAAUUUUGUUUUUUGUUUUUUUCACCAUUUGGUAAGGAAACGCCAGUUCCUCUGAUGUAUUUCUGUGUUGGAAUGUGGCCUGGGUGUUUCAGCUGUAUUGGGAUUUCAAUGCCAAAGUAAAAUGGGGAUGAAAGAAUCAUUUGUUGGGAACACACACAUUGCAGAUGGCAGAAAUAAAGGCGUGCUCGUAGAAACCAGAUUUUUUUUGAGGGGGGGGGGGGUAAACCUAGCAAAAGGUUUGCGCUGCUUUCUUAAACUUUUUUUCCCCCCCACUAAGUUCUUUGAGGUUUCGGAAGCUCUCUCAUUUCAGAUGUUCCAAGUUAUUUGCAGCCUCAAUGUUUGUGAAUCUAUCGUUCACAGCAUUUUUGCUGAGAAAUGGAUCAAUUAUGUAAAAUGAUGCCCUGUCUCCAGUCUUUGACAUUACAGGAUAGUCUCUCUCUCUCUCUCUCUCUCUCUCUCUCUCUCUCUCUCUCUCUCUCUCUCUCUCUCUCUCUCUCUCUCUCUCUCUCUCUGUGACACACACACACACUCUCCUGUCCCUCUUAACACCUCAGCCAUCGUCCUUACUUGUCCGAUGCAAGCAGCCCAGCCGUUUUGUAACUAACUUGCAGAAAAACAAAGCACUGAUUGGUUGUCGAGCCGCUCCGAAGCAUUUCUUCUUGGUCACGCUGUGUGGAGCUAUUUAUUGUACCAGUCCAGACUCAAUAAAGCCACAGCUAAAAAAAAAAAAAAGCUCUGUUUCAUUUGUGCGGAGGGAAGGGUGAAAUGUUUUAAUACAGCAUACAUCAUAUACCAUAUAUAUCAUAAUACAGCAUGUCUCAGUACUUUGCUACUGUGGUUUUGUAUCAACAAUCUAAGAUGGACGGUAAGUCUCACAUAGUCAAGGCUGUUGAUAAACAGAUAUUGUUCUAAAUUAAGUGACAUUCAUAACGGUGUCACUGUCUUUUAGUCACUCUCAACCAUUUUAUCCAACAUUUUGUAAACGAACAAGAGAAGAUGUCUGUGAAUUUUCUCAUUCAUCCAGGUCAUGGUUAUCCAAAGGAGUUGAAUCAAGUCUUCAUGGAUAUAUACCAAGUCCAGUUGCACUUGAUUCAACUCCUUUGGAUGGAACAAGAGAAUGUACAGUUUUAACAAAAUGUAAGUUCUAGAAGAGGAAGCUUCACCUUUCUUUAUACUGACAGCGAGAGUUUAUUACAGUAAAAAAGAAGGUUGCUGGAGAUGCAGGUUAUAUGAUGGGUACACAGUUGAAUCCCACUAAAGCUGAGGUGACGUUAACCUUUACUGUCCCUUUAUUUACCGUCAAUACUGCGCUUUACUGUGGUAAAGCUGUACAUCUCUUGGAAUGCCUUGAGAUAACCACGCCCACCUCUGUGAAACGGCUGGGCAGUGUGUGUGUGUGUGUGUGUGGUACAGCCAGAUAACGUGACAGCUCAACAUUCAUGAGCGCCGUUGGUUUCGGAAGCGAGAUUUUUUCCAACCGGAACUCUGCCCUCUGAUUGGCUAAGGUUAAGGUUAGGGUGGGGCAAGCGUUACGGUAAGCCAAUCAGCGGCACGGAACCGCUUGGUCACACGGAAGUUUGAGCUAAAGUCGGUUGUAAAAAACGCCCUCACGCGUUUCCGGGUGGAACUACCGCUUAUAUAUACGUGGACCGAGCCGUCCUCCAAAAAACUAACUGAAGGGAAAAUAAAACAAAACAAAAAAAUAAAUCAAAACAAAAACAGAGCAUGUGGUUUGUUGGCAAUUUCAGCGUAUGGUUGAUUUCGGCUCCCAAAGAGCUACACCUCUGUCCCUUUUUUUGGGGGGGGGGGUGCGGGAUUCAUGAUCAGGUCACCCCGAUACAAUGUUACACAAAUGAGUAACGCUGUAUGUCCCAUAAAGAUCAGGUGUUUUAGGGUUUUCUUCUUUCAUUCAUCGGUAUAUAACAGCAGACCCCCCCCCCCCGACAAAAACACAAUGUUGGGAGUAACUAGACCCUGAUCAAGUAUUAUUUACAAGUUAUAUUAUAUGAUUUGUUGUUGUUUGUUUUGUUUUGGGCCCGCUUAGCUGUAAAAUGCAAGGGGGGGACAUGCCAUACAAGACAAGUUGAGAAAAAUCACAGGGAUGUUUUCAGAAGUCAGUUUGGUAUAUCCCGCCAUGUUAGGCACUUCUUCUUAUUUCAAAAAAAAAAAAGAUUAAUUUAAGUCAUUUAUUUUCGUGUCCGUCUUUUCUCCCCUUAAAUGAAAACCAUCUGCUUUCAUUGGCCGCUUGACCGAGACUGACACAUCACACCUGGCUCCCAAAGCUGAAGGUCGUCCAAGACUUGGCUAAUGAAAAUAACAGGUUAGAGAUGACCGGUGGAUUUCUCGCGAGCCCGGAAGUGAUGGCGUCACUGGAGUGGAUUUUGAUUGGCUCCAUCAGUCCGGUGAUCUUUCUUUUCCCCCCCUGUCACAAACCCUUGCGAAAUGGUAAGUAGUACUAAUACCACAUUUUCAGAGGUGGAAAAACCCGGUCCAGAAAGUAA